UGCGUUUUUUCAUUGAAAAAUCUAUUCUUCUUUGGUCUUUAAUUAGCUAAUUUUAUAAAUCACAAAGACAACCGAGACAAAUUUCGCAAAAAUAGUGUUUUUCCAAAGAGAAGGCAUCGACUAUACCUUUUUAAGUUUAUUGAAAUUUUCUCAAAACAUUCACUUUUUGGACGCUCUAUUGUAUUAUUAUAUGGAAAGUGUUUCAUUUUGCACAACUUGAUUUUUUCUCCUGGAUAUGGAUAAGAAGAGAACAGGUAUUCAAUAACUUGCUAUCUCUCUUGGGUUGCUCUCCGCAAUGGUAGGACGAAUUCCAGUUACAUAGUUUAUUGGUAGUUUCCAACACCCUUUUAUAAUGAAGUUGACCUAACUGUUACAUACAAUUUAGCACAGUGAUUCAAGAAAGAGAGUAAAAGAGAGAGAAAGAGAGUGAGAGUGAGUGCGAGAAAUCAAGAAAUAGACCUUUCGUGUCGAAACAAGUUUAGUACGCUCGCUCUAAAGUAAUCGUGAGUGUUGUACUGUGAGUGAUCUAUACAAAGUAGAUAUGUGUCAACCUUCAUCUUGACGGAAGUAAAUAAGCAAUGCCUUCGAAAGAGCGUCUUCGUUUAUUCCUUUGACGUUUCGAGACGCCUGGUGUGUGAGGUUCUGUUUUCAAGACAUAACGAGGGUGUCGGCCAUCGUGGGUGACCUGACAAGUUUUUAUCAUUCUGGUUAUGAACAAUAUGUAAAGCAAUAAAUAAUUGAGUAUGGCAUAAUCAAAAAUACGGCCUUCACAUUACCAAUAUUUUUCUCCAUUUCCAAGUCAAUUGUUUCUGUAAAAAAUAUUUUCGUCUAACUUUCCCCUUGUCGUCAAAGUGCAAGUACAACAACGCCAGCGCCAUCGUCAUAAGCUAUACUCCUGGACUCCAAAGAAAGAAGAAAAUGUUAAACCCGUAGUCGGUAGCGCAAUCAAAUAUGGAUGAUCAGGUCCUGCUGCAGAUUUUGUGAAAAUUACGACAGGCGGAAUUGGACUUGAGGAAACGAAGAUAGUAAAAUUUCUUCAUCAAUACAAUAGCUGAGAUGGAGCUUCGCGUGGGCAAUAAGUACCGGUUAGGACGAAAAAUCGGGAGCGGUUCCUUCGGAGACAUAUAUUUAGGAACCAAUAUUUCUACUGGCGAAGAAGUCGCCAUAAAGUUGGAAUGUAUUAAAACACGGCACCCUCAACUUCACAUAGAAUCCAAAUUUUAUCAAAUGAUGCAGGGUGGUGUGGGAAUACCAACGAUAAAAUGGUGCGGAUCCGAAGGUGACUAUAAUGUUAUGGUCAUGGAGUUGCUUGGACCCUCCCUUGAAGAUCUCUUUAAUUUUUGUUCGAGAAGGUUUACUUUAAAAACUGUUCUCCUUCUUGCUGAUCAAUUGAUAAGCAGAACGGACUAUAUACACAGUCGCAACUUUAUCCACCGGGAUAUCAAACCCGACAAUUUUCUUAUGGGACUAGGAAAGAAGGGAAAUCUCGUUUACAUUAUAGACUUUGGACUUGCGAAAAAGUAUCGGGAUGGACGAAAUAACAAGCAUAUUCCAUAUCGGGAAAACAAAAAUCUCACCGGCACAGCAAGAUACGCUAGUGUAAAUACGCAUUUAGGAAUCGAACAAUCCCGUAGAGAUGAUCUUGAAUCAUUAGGCUAUGUUCUUAUGUAUUUUAACAGAGGAAGUUUGCCCUGGCAGGGAUUAAAAGCUGCCACGAAAAGACAAAAGUAUGAGCGAAUUUCAGAAAAGAAAAUGUCAACUCCAAUUGAAGAUUUGUGCAAAGGUUAUCCAGCUGAAUUCACCACGUAUCUGAGAUACUGCAGACAAUUACAUUUUGAAGAGAAGCCGGAUUACUCAUAUCUCCGACACCUCUUUCGAACUUUAUUUCAUAGUCAAGGCUUUACCUAUGAUUACGUAUUUGACUGGAAUAUGUUGAAAUUUGGCAGUGCAAGGCAACCAUCUUUGCCUGCGGCGCAACAAGCACCGACGCAUUCGCAGCCGACUAAUGCCCCUCUUCCUUCCGGGACCAAUAACGACCAGGAACACAGAGCAAGACCUUAUACGCGACAAGGAUUGGCGAACGCUUCUGGAGCAGCAGUGGGUUCAACAAUGGUUUAUGCCGGUAUUCCUGAGCGAAAGACAAAACUGCAACACACCCCUGAUAUUCGUGGUGACCAGGACAAUCAGGACAACCCAGGUAAAAAGCAAGCAUACUACCCCAAAUUCUUUGUGAAUGAACAACAAUCGGAUCACAAAGUGCACCAAUCACAGGAAAGUGCAGCCUGUGAAUCGUCGAAAUCAAAUCUUGAUCAAUUUAGUUCUUUUAAAUCCUCACACGAUAAAGCCAAUCCCGCGAAUUGUCUAGGCAUAGCGUGUCUCAGCUUGGAGCAUCACAAAGUCAAUCGAAAGUACACUAACAAACCUUCUCGCGAUCGUUUUCUUCCUCCUCCUUCCGCUUCAUCUUCCGAUCACUUGAUUCGUAAAAGUCGAGAGAAACAAAAUUUCUCAAUACGUGGGUACAAAGCUGAAAAUAAUGUGAUUCGAAAUAGAGAAGAGAGUGGAGUCGAAGAAUUGAAUACUUUCAAACAUUAUCCAGAAACUAGUAAAAGUGAAAUAAAUAAUGAAAAAAAGAAGACUUCCAGAAGUUUAGACUCUUCUAAUGAAAGAGCCAUAUCAUUGGGUGCUGAUGCCAAGAACUCGUACUUUUUAUCGAAUAACGAUCCUGAAUUACAAGAAAAUCGUCCAUUAACGUCCAUUAAUCAAACACAAUCAAGGAAAGACUUGCACGACACCUUGACAACUAAGAUUUCUAAACCGGGCCUGUUUAAAAAAAUAAGUCGUAACUUACAUUUUUUCGCAAAAAAUAUUGACUCAAAUCAAGGACACUCCAGACACUCCAAAAGGGAAAUAAAUCAGCCCAGUGCCAGCCCAGAUGCACCAGUGACAGCGUCUGAAAGAUGUAAAAACUAUUGCUCACAAGUCUGUCCCAAAGAUCAGGUUUUUUUAGACGAAUACCCCAUUCUUUGGAAUGGAGACGAGCGACAUAUGAAUCACCAACAGACAAUAAACGAGAAAAUGAACAUGUUCAACAGCUGGAAUCAAAACAAAGAGGAUCAAAAUAUGAAGACUUGUAUGAUAAUCAACAGAGAAAAAAUGAAAGACUCUCAACUAGACGAAGAAAAUCUGCGGAAGAUAUUUCUCAAGAUGUUCCGAGAGAAGUCCGAGAACGAGAACAAGUCAUACAUGAGCUACAGCGUCGACUGCAGCGACAAAGGAAAUAAAGACAGUCUUGAGAUCGGAUACUCAAUAAGUCAUUUGGGGAGAUAUUGCCUUCAGAAUUCAAACAAAAUGGAAAAUGUUAAAUGUCUAGGGUGGAUCACGAAAGUGGACUUGGACACUUUGAGUCAAGGAACAAAUUCUAGUGAUUCUGUCGGUCAUGGAAAACCGCAAGGAAAACUUGAUAUUAUUAAAGGAAUUUUCUUAGAUAUUUUUGUUUGUAUAUGUUUUUAAAAAUAAUUUGACUCGUGAUGCUCCACUGAGAUUUCAAUUUGACUUGAAUAAAUUCUCUAAAGAAAUAAUUAAUAGAUUUAAUGUUAUUCUUUGUAUUUGAAACAAUUGCGCAUACAUGCACUGCAUUUUAUAGUUUUUGUUCUACGGUUGUUUUGCAUUAUUUGCAGCGUUAUAUUUACAUAUUUGUAUUCAGCUUAUUGAUUUAGCUUUCUAACUUUAUAUACUUUUCUUUUCUUCACUGCUUAUUCUUCAAAAUAAGUACAAGAUUUAAUUUUCUACAAAAAAUAUUUUUUUUUACUAAUAAUUAACAAUUAAGGGAUAUAUUUAUAAUUUUUUUAAUUCAAAGAAUGUUUAUCCAAGAAUAAUACGCUUGAAUGUGAUAUUUGUGUUUCAAUUUGAAACUAGCCCCUCAAUUAUUAAGAUAAAUUUAUUAUUGAAAAAAAAAGUUUUUGAGAAACAAUUUUAAAAGUAAUUUUAGAUUUAGUGUAUUUUUUAAUUAAUGACUUAAAUAGAUAUUAAAAUACAACUCAAUUUUUUAAAUUUUAUUACAGUAAACAAUGUUUAUCAUUUUCAUUUAAUUUUUUUUUUUCAUUUUAUUAUAAUUAGUGAAUGUGCAAUUCGAGUGAUUUUGAAAGAUUAUUGAGUCGAAUUCGAAUAAUUAUUAUUUUGCUUAUUAUACUUGGACGUGUGUGUGUGAGCUUGUGUGUAAGUAUACAAAAUUUGUUUUUUUUAGUUUAACUUUUUUAAAAUGAAAUUCAACAAGUUUUACGUAAAAAAAUUGUACAAGAUUUUUGAUAGUUUUCAAUGGUAUUUUGCAACUUAUGCCGUUUAGAAGCAGUUUUCAGUUUGUUAAAAAUACUGUUUUCGUAUUCCAUAAUUUUUUUCUGUCUUUUUUAUUGACGUGUUCAGAACAAAAAUUUUAUUGUAAUGAUUCAGCUUCUUCGCAUAAUAAUGAAUAGAAUAUAAAAAUAAAUGUUUUUCCAUUCAA